AUAUUAAUAAUCGCGAUAGGAGUAUAAAAUUAAACAUUCCAGAUCUCGGCCGUCUGGUAUACUGAGCCGUGCAUUGAGCAAUUCCUUCGGAGUGCAAUGGAUCUUUUGAGAAUGAGUAAUUUUUGACGAUGUUGACAAUCGCUACGGAGACCAGGAUCACACCUACACCGAUCCGUCGGGUCGACAAAGGCACAAAGAAUUGAGUUUGUAUGCGACAACGUGGAUUGGUAUCAUAUGUCAAAGGUUACCUUUCCUGGAACAUACCUGUAGCCAAGGCAGACGGGAGGUAUAAGAUACGGGACCGUUUUAUAGCCGAAUCAGGUUUAGCAGUCGUAAAAUUCUCAGACGUGCCUCCACAUCUUCAGCGCGAAGAAGCAACGUGGCGACUGGUACCAAUAAGAAAGUUCCACGGAUGAGGUACCAACGUUGGUGAACCCAAGUCUCUACCCUCAUCGUCAGAGUCGAGGUUCACCGAGGAUUGACCGCGAUACAUAUAUCCUGAGCACCAGAUGUACGUGCGGAUGAAGUUCCUCGACGCAAAAGCCAUCCUGGUCGGAACACAAGAAUUCUCGGUUAUGGGCGAAGGACCGAAGACCACUCUGGGAAGGUAGAAGAUAGAAUCGCGCCAGCGCGGGUCGAUAGGCAGCCAGGUUGCCUGGCGACAGCAGCCGUCGCUUCCUACCGCAGGAGAGAAGUUACUUUGGGAUCCGCAGACAGAACUCCGUCAGUCUCCGAUACGUCAGCUGGGUCGGUGGGUUUCUCCAUCAAGAGAACGACGUGCUUUUGGUAAGAUUCAAUAUACUAGGAUUCCGGAAAAAUGAGACAACGGUUAAAGUGUUCGAAUGUGGCCGAAAAAUCAGUGCCCAAAUGUAGAGGGUGUGCUGAGCCCGAUGAAAAUAAGCCCAAAAUCAAGAGCUGGACGGUUCAGCUCUUGGAGAUGCUACCUAGCGACAAAGCCUUCGAGGAGGUUUGCGGCUUCCGCCUCGACGACCUCAAGACCUACGAAAAAUUUGUCGCUCUGAUGUACCGAUCAACAAACCCAGCAUCCCUCGGAGUGGCUCGCGCGCUUUUCGGACUAUGCAUGGUGAUCGACAUCGUGGAGGAGAGAGGCUUUUCUGACAUUGACCUUAAAUGGGGGGAUCCAAUGACUUGUCACUUUCCUUUGAUCCACGGAAUGAAGCCCCCUCGAUUGCCAUGGACCAUCGCGUUGUACACCCUGAUGUGGCUCGGCGCAGGAGGCAUCAUGAUUGGGUUCAGCUUCAAGCUAGCAUGCGGUUGUUUCCUCCUGCCGUACUGGUACUUUUUUAUCCUGGACAAAAUGAACUGGAAUAAUCACAGCUACUUGUACGGCGUCGUCGCGAUACUCUUUUGGGGUACCGGAGCCAACAAGUACUUUUCACUGGAUGCAAAAUCGUACAAAUCAGGAGACAACAGCGUGCCUCUUUGGAACUAUUUUAUCCUCAAAUUCCAAUUCUUUGCCUUGUACUUCCUGGCUGGGCUGAAAAAGUCCAGCAAAGAAUGGCUGGAUGGCUACGCGAUGAUGAAUCUCUCCAGGCAUUGGGUUUUCGACCCAUUCAAGGUGUUUCUAAGUACCGAUCAGAUCGACUUUCUCAUCGUUCACUGGUUCGCAUUCCUUUUUGACUUGACUGUUGGCUUCUGGAUGCUGUUUGACCGGACGCGACUGCCUGCUAUGGUUUUUUGCACCAGCUUUCAUCUUAUGAAUUCCCGUCUUUUUCACAUUGGGAUGUUCCCGUACGUCUGCCUGGCCACAAUGCCUCUGUUUUGUCACGUUGAUUGGCCGAUGAAAAUCAAAGGCUGGUUCGUUGGUCGUUCCAAGUGCGAUGUGCAGAGCAAUCAAGUCCCGGAUGAAAACCAGCUCAAGAAUCAGUGUUAUAAUAGAAUUGGAAAAUCGAUGGAACAAAGUGAUAAUUUCAUUUCAAAAGAGAAGAAAUAUUUUUCUGGUGAAGCCGCUUCUAAGACCGAGACUCAGAGUGAUGCGGUAGAGACAAGUGACGAUGAAAGAAAUCAAGAAGAUUCCAAUGCAAGCAAAUAUCAAGAUGACUCGAUGGAAGAAAGUGAUCACCACAACUGUUUUAGUAAACAAGAGCAGAAAGAAUUAAACGGGAAAUCGACUCCCGUUCAUCCGAAAUACGCCCACGGGCGAAAAAAGAAAUUGUUUCGUAAACUGAACGUGACUAAGAAACAAAAAACCGUCGUUGGACUUUUGCUCUUUCACGUAUUCAUGCAACUCUUCUUGCCUUACUCGCAUUUCAUCACAAAGGGUUACAAUAAUUGGGUCCCAGGUUUAUACGGAUAUUCUUGGGACAUGAUGGUUCACUCCUGGGAUACUAUUUUGGUCGUCAUUAAGAUACACGAUAACGUACACAACGAAGAUCAUUACUUAGAUCCGCAAGCGUGGGUCCAGGGAGAUCGGUGGUCUAAGCACGGUGACAUGGUCAAACAAUACGCUCAUUGUUUAAAGGACAAUCUUAUGAGCGAAAGGCAAAAGGCAUUGAAGACUGGGCAACAACCACGUGUAGCAGAUCAUUGGGCAAGACUCUCGAACAACUUGAGCAUUUAUAUCGACGUAUGGUGUUCUCUGAACGGACGUUUCCUUCAAAGAGUAUUCAAUCCUAAACUAGACCUUCUGACUGCGGAAUGGCACCCCUUCCAACCAGUUUCUUACCUGAUGCCUCUAAUGACGCAAUUCAGCUCCUAUCGGAAUAAACUGGAUGAGAUUCAACGCGCCGUUUACUCCUGGUCCAACUAUACGGAUGUGCUUUUCGUAGCGGACUAUCCGGGAAUGGAACUCGAGAAUUACAUUGACAGAGAUUUGUCUAACGUGACAUUGACCGUGCUCGAAGGUCAGGUAAUCUACACCGAAGAUGAUUGGCAGCAGGGGGUUACGAUUUCCAAAGGAAAUCACCUCGAAAUAAGUCCAGGAAAAUUCCAUAACGUACAAACGAUAAGCUUUCACCCAGCGUGCCUGAUGUACACUUUUACUAACGGUACCAAGCAGAGACUCGAAAGAGAAGGGAGAAUCGAACCACCAGAAAAACCAAAAGAUGUCUUUCCGAUUUUAAAAGAAAUGAGGUACAAAUUGAAUGCCUGGAAACGUACCCUUGGACAUAUCGCUGACGCAUUUUUUUACUUCGCUUACGACGUCCCCAUGCUGCGCCGAGUUCAGGUCAACUAAUUUGAAACACUCGCGUACGUUUGUUACACAUGUAUAUUUUUUUUUUAAUCCGAGAAGUCAAAUAAUUUGUGAUGUAUGUAUAAUGUAUAUACAAUGUAUAUUAUACAUAGGGGUUUACCUGUUUAUAUUAGGAAAUGGCAACGUUUAUUAACCGGAUCGUGCGGUUCUGCAUCAUCAUUUCGUUAAUUGAUUUAAUGUUAUAAAAUGUUAUAAAGGUAAUUACAUUAUAGGAAGUCCAAAAUAUUUACUACUAUAGCCGUAUAUCAUCUACACGAUCACGAUUGAUGAGUGCUGUGAAAUGUGAUUUGCGAAAUGAUUUAAAUGAUAAUGGUUACGAGGCCCGAAUGUCCUAAGUGACAAUAGAAGCCUUCAAUUUAUCAAUCACUUAUUUAUAGUAUAUACGUUAUGAUAGGGGGUUAUCUAAGCCUUACUACAAGCAGUAAGCCCGUACCGAUGUCGAAUUCGCAAGUGUCGUUCUGAACUAUCUUACAGCAGAGAAGUCUUUGCAAGUAUUGCAACGACGUGUAAAUAUGCAAAUAGAUAACCGAGACUAACUGAUUUACAAAAUGUAGAACUUAGCGCUUUGAGAAGCGCAAAUAAAAAUAUCUUAUACGGAGUACUUUAAUAGUAAGGUACCAAUGUUUUACUUUGGUUUGAAUAUUUCAUUUUUUUAUAAAUUACACGUCAUGUUAGAUAAGUUUUGUAUGAUUAUACAACUUUUUAUUUAUAUACAUAAAUACCGAAGCAACGCACAAAGUUUUACAAGGAAGUACAAGGUAGUGAUAAAAUACGAACAUAAGAUCACGCUAGAAAAUAUAUUUUAUACAAUAUGUACAUGUAGAAUAAAAGUUGUAAUAAGAAAUACGAUGAAAAUAGAUCCAAAUUAAUAUUACAAUUCUGUACAUUAUCGCGACUGAUGUAUGUUAACAAUGUUAAACGCUUUGUCCUGAGCUUUGUGCCUAUUGGCAAACAUCUAAAACCGAAAUUGUAAAAAUCGACAAGAAAUUUACAAAGCGGAUGCACCUAUAAUGGAGUUGUAUGUAAUUAUAGAUAUAUAUUAAAUGUUUUGCGAACCAUAGGUGCGAAGUUACUUCAGCAUGUAUCGCGUAAUUACAACCGAGCUCAAAUAAAACACUCAUUAUUUUCACCAUAAA